UGGAAAAAGGAAAUACAAGUGGAAACUCAGUGAUAAAUAUAAUUUUAUAACGCUUGCAAUGUUUAAUAUCUCUGUUGUAUAAAAUAGUAAUACUGUUAAGUAUAUUUUUUUAGUGAAAUACUAAAUAAUGUUGCCACUUUUACCUAAUAUUUAUGUUUUAGCCUAUAAAAGCGCGAAAGUACUGUUAUUCGGUCACUCCGUCCGGGAAUACCAUGGUUGGCGAAUGCGUUAAAGGUGUUUAUUCCGUUUGGCGAUGAGACAGAGUUUAGUCGCUAAUGUUUUAUCAAAACUGAUGUGUUCGGCAAAAGCAAGAAAGCCUGGCCAUAGGGCAGUGUGUUACGAAGAUGCUGUUUCCACUCUGAAUAGUCUCCAGUCUAAUGCAGCAGCUAUCGAAAAGGCUCGCAAAGAAAGAGAUACACGAUGCAAGCAGAACAUACCGUGCAUGAUCGAAUUUAUCAGGCGGAGUGGUCUUACGCUGGAAGAUGUUGAUAUGCUGCCUGUGAUUCACAUCAGUGGCACAAAGGGCAAGGGGUCAACAUCGGCGUUUUGUGAGAGCAUCCUCCGACACAGUGGGUACAAGACGGGCUUCUUCAGCUCUCCCCACCUGGUCAAGGUGACCGAACGGUUUCGGAUCAAUGGCCAGCCUAUGUCAGACAGUGAAUUCUGCUCGUACUUCUUCGACGUCUAUAAUAAACUUGAGUCAACAAAGAAUGACAUGCAAGGUAGAGAGAUGCCAGGCUACUUUGGCUUUCUCACUGUCCUGGCUUUCAAUGUGUUCAUUAAAGAAAACGUGGAUGUCGCAGUUAUAGAAGUGGGUAUUGGCGGACAGUAUGACAGUACUAACUUUAUCCGGUCUCCGGUGGUGUGCGGAGUUACUUCCCUUGGCAUAGACCAUGUUGCCCUGUUGGGAAACACUAUAGACAAGAUAGCGUGGAAUAAAGCUGGGAUUUUUAAGAAGGGAGUUCCAGCCCUGACUGUUGAUCAGCCACCAGAAGCCGAGGAGGUUCUUUUGCAGCGAUCACAGCAAAUUGGGGCGCCACUGUACCAUGUUCCGACACUAGAACAGUUCCACGGCGCGGGCCAGCAGCUACAGCUGGGCAUUGAUGGGAGCAUGCAGUAUGUGAACGCAGGACUCGCUCUCCAGCUGUGUCGCGUCUUCGUUGACAGAACCAACAAAGUACAUCAGUAUGCGUUUGAUGUAUCGUCUGUCCCCGGUGUCAAGGAUAUCCCUACCUUACCUGUGUAUCGGGUCAAUCCAGACAUAGUUGAAGGUCUUGCGAACUGUUCGUGGCCCGGCAGAAAUCAGACGAUCCGUCAUCAUGGACUGACGUAUUACCUCGAUGGGGCUCACACUAAGGAGAGCAUGCAGCAAUGCGUAGAAUGGUUCUGUGACAAAUCUAAGAAGGAGGCGGCCACAAUUAAAGGUCGUGUCUGCAAGGUUCUUAUAUUUAACGCUACCGGUGAUAGAAAUAUUUCUUGUCUUCUGUCAAUACUAAAGACUGUUCGUUUCAAUGGAGUUGUCUUCUGUCCUAAUUUGGCAUUCAGUGGUCCAACCAGCAACACACCUGAUCAAAGCAGUGUGCUUGCUACCAAGGAAAGACAACUGGAGACCAGCAAGAAAAACAAGAAAAUAUGGGACGGCCUGUGCGAAAACUGCUCAAAUGAAGACUGCGUCAGUAACGGUCACUGUUCUUCUGUACUGACCAACGGCUUGGCCAGCAGCCCAGCCCCAUCCAUCAAUGGUAGUACCGACACCACAGUACGCACGAUAGACAGGCUACCAUCGGACCGUGGCAUGGAGAUGUCCGAUUUGAGAAUGAAUAACAAGGUGCGGACCAGUGACGAAUCGUUCUCGUAUGCCUUUCCCUGCAUUUUGCAGGCACUGAACUGGACGACACAAGGUCGUGACCCAAAUCUCAGCGGUGAUGCAGACAUUGAUAUUUACAACAUUCCUGAGACACUUCAAAGUGCAGCUCAUAUUCAAGUGCUUGUGACGGGCAGCCUUCACCUUGUUGGUGGAGUUCUUGGUCUAGUCUCGCCAAAUUUGUCUGAUUAAAUUUUAUAUUUUUUUAAUUUUUAUAAACUUUUAUAAAUGUA